AGUGUCGGGAACUCCAGCAGCUCCUCUCUAUAUAUUUCCACUGAGGCUCUGUUUUUGGGAUUCAUUCAUCCCCGUCAGAGCUGCUGCUCGGUCCGCCCGGACAGGAUCUCCUCCUCCACCCACCCGUCCAUACACCUAUCCGUGUUCACCUCCCCCUCUGCCCAGAGGUGCGCAGCGUCCGCAUCAUCACUUCAGAAGACGCUGCUUCCUGGAUGGAGGAUGUUUGGGGCUGACCUCGGAGAUCACUGACUGGCUCGCUGAGCUUCUCUCGUCACAGCUGCUGUCAUGGCCAAAAGCCCGGAGGUGAAGCUGGCCGUCUUCGGCAGAGCCGGGGUGGGAAAGUCAGCUCUGGUGGUGAGAUUUCUGACCAGACGCUUCAUCUGGGAGUAUGACCCCACACUUGAAUCAACAUAUCGUCAUCAAGCCAAUAUUGACGAUGAGGCUGUCACCAUGGAGAUUCUGGACACUGCAGGCCAGGAGGACAUCCAGCAGAGGGAGGGUCACAUGCGUUGGGGUGACGGCUUCGUCCUUGUGUAUGACAUCACGGAUCGGGGAAGCUUUGAGGAGGUGGGGCCGCUCCGAAGCCUCCUAGAGGAGGUGAAGAAACCAAAGAACGUUCCUCUGGUUCUGGUGGGCAACAAGUCUGACCUGGACCACGUCCGGCAGGUCGGCACAGAGGAAGGAGAGCGGCUGGCAGCCGAAAUGGCGUGUGCCUUCUACGAAUGCUCUGCCUGUGCCGACGAGGGCGGCGCCGUGGCCGAGGCGUUCCACGAGCUCUGCAGAGAGGUGAGACGCCGCAAGGCUGUUCAGGGAAAAGCCAGACGCCGCAGCUCCACCACUCAUGUCAAACAGGCCAUCAACAAGAUGCUGACCAAGAUCAGCAGCUAGGGAAGAGCCAAGCUACCGCCUGACGACAGGAACAAAAGUUGCUUUUCUCGCUGAAAUGUUUUGGACCAUCAGUGGACGAUGACUGAUUUAAGUGUGAAAUGUGUUCUUCUGUUAUUCUUUAAUCGUUAUCCGAUGAAAAAAAUCCAAGUGCACUGUCUUUUCAGGCUGUAAGAGACAGCUAAUGACACUUGGCUUGGGAGCCAUAAAAGAUGAUUUCUCAUUAAAAAAAAAUUGAAGUGCUUUUGGAUUGAGAUGACAGACAUUGAUGAGUCAUGUCGACUAGAAGAUCACAAAGGAUCAGGAACAUGGCAAGGUUCUUGAUUUUUUUUUUCUUUUAUUCUUUCAUCAAACAAACUGACAUAUUAAACAAACCAGAGGGUAUCCAGAAAAUGAUGCAUGCAAGCUGUCCUAUUUAACAUGCAGGGAUUCCAAAACUUUGACAUUGCACAGUAAGAUUUAGUGUUUCCUGUUUCUAUCUCAUGUGUAGGGGGCUGUUGUGCUAUUCUGUCAGCAGCGGUCAAAGAACUUUGGAGCAGAGAACUCCUUUUAGAUAAAUGUAGAUCUACUGUGUUUCACUCAUUUCGGUUCCAGACAGAUCUACAAAGCUGUCAGUCUCUGUCUUGCAAUCAAUCCUUAUGAUCAAGUCUACUGUGUUCCUUUGACAUUAGCUGUCAGGGUGUGUGUGUUUGCAUUUUUCCCUCAAGGAACCCAAAGCACCGCAGGUUUGGAACGUCUUAAAGCUGAUAUGCAUACAAUAUCUGUUGUUUUCUCUAAAUCAGGGGUGUCCAACUCCAGGCCUCGAGGGCCGGUGUCCUGCAGGUUUUAGAUCUCACCCUGGCUCAACUCACCUGAAUCAAAUGAUUAGUUCAUUACCAGGUGUCUGGA